AUGUCGGUUCUGGUGCCCUUCCCCCUCCUCCUGGUGGUUCUGGUGCCCUCCCCCCUCCUCCUGGUGGUUCUGGUGCCCUUCCCCCUCCUCCUGGUGGUUCUGGUGCCCUUCCCCCUCCUCCUGGUGGUUCUGGUGCCCUUCCCCCUCCUCCUGGUGGUUCUGGUGCCCUCCCCCCUCCUCCUGGUGGUUCUGGUGCCCUUCCCCCUCCUCCUGGUGGUUCUGGUGCCCUCCCCCCUCCUCCUGGUGGUUCUGGUGCCCUUCCCCCUCCUCCUGGUGGUUCUGGUGCCCUUCCCCCUCCUCCUGGUGGUUCUGGUGCCCUUCCCCCUCCUCCUGGUGGUUCUGGUGCCCUUCCCCCUCCUCCUGGUGGUUCUGGUGCCCUUCCCCCUCCUCCUGGUGGUUCUGGUGCAGGUGAUGAAUGUGGUUUUGCAGAUGUUAGAAUCGGCCUCGACGUGGGCCGUCUCUGUCCCGACUGCUCUGAAGUCAUCACACAGGAAUGCACCAGUCCACCAGGACGAGAGAGACUUGUCGACGUCGCAGUGCUGUGACCAGCUGCAGCAGGAGAAGGACGAGGUGAGAGUGGGUCUGGAGGAGGCUCUGAGGAAGCUCCAGCAGCAGCACACGGAGGAACUCCUGCUGCUGGAGGACAGGUGA